CAAUGGACACAGUAAUCAGUAAGCCAGUUUCAAUGAUACUAAAUUAAUUGAAUAUUAAUUCGUUCAAAUUUGCAUCAUCAUCGAACCCAUAAUUCGAUAAUAAUAUAACUCGGCGUUUCUUGGAAAUCUGACGGGCACCUUAUUUCAAAUAUUAACUACAAACUACCAUUAUUGUAUUCUUUGUGCAUCGCGUCGAGGAUAAUGUCCGUAAUAGAGUAAGUAAUAGAGGAAUUGGCUAUUGGUUCUAUUGUGUUCUAGUUAAUUUCUAGGAAAUAUUAAGCCACUCCCAAAAGGGCCGGAAAAUCACUUCGAUUGGAAAUCAAAUCCGACAUGCCUCGAUGUUUUUCUUGAAUAUCUAAUGGAAUAAAAUAUUCAUUACACCGAGAGAAAUUUCUAUUAGUCGUUAAAAGCAGAAAUGUAAUUUUUAAUAAAAGAUGAAAUGUCUACAACAAUAAUAUUAAAUAAUGGUAAUGACAAAAACAAAGAAGACAGAGUAGAUCCUGAGAAUAGUACAGAAACUGAAGAAAAUCAAAAUGAAGGUGAUGAUAAUGAAGAAGAAACCAGAAACAGUAAAAGACAAUCUAAACAGCCAUUAAAAUAUCAGGACUUUGAUAUGCGUUUUAUAACAGCUUUAUCUGUAGGUUGUUUGCCUUCUGAUCUACCAUCUAACUACAACAAAGCUGUUAAAAUUGUAGACUGGAGAAUGGCAAUUGAAGAGGAGUUAAUGAAAAUAAUACAUGGGAAAAUGUGGAAAAACCGAAAAAUUGAAAAGUAAUAGACUCUACAUGGGUUUUUUGAGGAAAAGA